UCUAAUGAAAUUUAGUCUCAAUUGGUCUUUGAGUCUCUUCUCUCCAGUGAAACUAAGAUCCCAGCCAAUCUUCAGACAUGAAGAUCCUUUACCUGCUCUUUGCUGUUCUGGUCUUCCUUUUCCAGGCUACUCCAGGUGUUGCUGAUAUGGGUCCUCCUCCUGCUGACACUCUGGCCUGUAGAGCCCAAGGAGGUUUCUGCCAUUUAAUAAACUGUCCCCCAGUCUUUUCUAUCUCAGGAACUUGCCACGGUGGACAACUGAAAUGCUGUACAAGGAUUCCAAGAGCAAAAGAAGAUCAUUUUGGGGGCCAAUAAAAGCAGUAACAGUCUUACUGCCAGGAGGAAAUGUUUUUGAUCAACUCAUCCUUGUUCUAAGCUCUCCUGCAAAUGAUCAUUAAAAUGUUGCCUAAAAAAUAUCCUGUUUAUACCCACUGUCUAGACAUCAAUCAAAGCCUUGGGGCUACUCCUGCUUGCAUGCAUCGUCCAACCUACCUCACAGGGAGGUUUUGAAUAUUAAUCAGCUUGUGUAGCACUUUGGAGAUGUGCAGUAUAACAUACACACUCACUAUUAUUUUAUUUGCAAAAAAUAAAGGAUUUAUUAACCCAC